CAAUCGCACACAUGACCGCAGUCACACAAACACUCUCCUCAGCAGCUCUGACGCUCAGACCCGCCUGAAGCUUCUACCGGCCUCCCCGAGCCUCAUCCGCGUCUCGCACCUGAGCCCGGGCCGCCUCAACUCACCACAGAAAACCAUGACCGCUAGGCCAGAGGAAAAUGAACCGGAGGCCGAAGUUCAUGGACAGGCCUGGGAACCUGGAGAAAUCAGUUCAAGCCAGAGCAGAACCAGCGUUGAUAAAGCCGAGAGCAGCGCUGGGUCCAGGAGCGCGUGGCGCCUAACGGGCCGCCCCGGAGACUCCUGGGAGCGCGAGCGAGGCGCGAGUGCGCAGGCGCAAACGGCUGAGCCGCGGCGGGGCGGAGACGCUGUGAGGAGGCCGAAGGCGGUCUGGAUGAUCUGUACCCGAGAGCGGACUGAGGGGGCGAAACCGGAUGGGAGGCCGGGGAGGAAACCGGGAGUCCGAGCCGGGCCUGGACUCUUCCCUUUUCCAAAAGAAGAACUCAAAAAACAAGGUUCAUCUCUUACAAAUCUCAAAGCCAUGCCUAAGGGAUCAGUGUCGUUCAAGGAUGUGACUGUGGACUUCACCCAGGAGGAGUGGCAGCAACUAGACCCUGCUCAGAAGGCCCUCUACAGGGACGUGAUGCUGGAAAACUACUGCCACUUCCUUUCUGUGGGGUUUCACAUAACUAAGCCUGACAUGAUCCGCAAGUUGGAACAAGGAGAAGAGCUGUGGACAGAGAGAAUUUUUCCAGAUCAGAGCUACCUAGAAGAUGGGAAAGCUGAAGAUGUUUUAGUGAAAUUCAAAGAAUAUCAAGACAGGCAUUUUAAAUCUAUUGUAUUCAUCAAUCACAAAAAACUAAUUAAGGAGAAUAAUAUUUAUGGAAAAACUCUUUCUCUAGGCAAGCACCAUAUUAUUUCAAAAACACUAUGUGAAUAUAAACCUGAUGGAAAAGUUUUUAAAAACAUUUCAGACUUGGUUAUCAGAAAUAUAAAUCCUGUAAGAGAGAAGUUUGUCGAGAGUAGUGGAUGGGAGAAAUCAAUCCUCAGUACUAAGCAUGAGAAAAUUCAUCGUGCAGUGAAUCUCCACAAGCAAACAGAAAAGGAUCUUGGUAGUAAGCAGGAACUUGCUCAGCAUCAGAAGGUUCAAACUCCAGGGCAGCCAUUUGAAUGUAGUGAAUGUGACAAAUCCUUCCUAAUGAAAGGAAUGUUAUUUACACACACAAGAGCAAACAGAGGAAAGAACUUUUAAUACAACAAAGAUGGAAUUGCCUUCAUAGAAAAGUCAGAUCUCAGUGUUCUUCCACGUAAUCUUAUAGAAAAGAAGCCCUCUACAUACAACAAGUAUGGGAAAUUUCUCUGCAGAAAGUCUGUUUUUCUUGUGCAUGAGAGGUCUCAAACAGAAGAGAAGCCAUUUCAAUGUCCUUACUGUGGGAACUGCUUUAGAAGGAAGUCAUACCUCAUUGAACAUCAGCGAAUUCACACAGGUGAGAAACCUUAUGUUUGCAAUCAAUGUGGAAAGGCCUUCCGUCAGAAGACAGCCCUCACUCUUCAUGAAAAAACACAUAUCGAAGGGAAACCUUAUCUUUGUAUUGAUUGUGGGAAGUCUUUCCGCCAGAAGGCAACCCUCACUAGACACCACAAAACACACACGGGGGAGAAAGCCUAUGAGUGUACUCAGUGUGGAAGUGCCUUUAGAAAGAAGUCAUACCUCAUUGAUCAUCAGAGAACUCACACAGGGGAGAAACCAUAUCAAUGUAACCAGUGUGGGAAGGCAUUUAUCCAGAAGACAACCCUCACUGUACAUCAGCGAACUCAUACAGGAGAGAAGCCCUAUAUUUGUAAUGAAUGUGGGAAGUCCUUCUGCCAAAAGACAACCCUUACUCUCCAUCAGAGAAUUCACACAGGGGAGAAGCCCUAUAUUUGUAAUGAAUGUGGGAAGUCUUUCCGCCAGAAGGCAAUCCUUACUGUUCAUCACAGAAUACAUACAGGAGAAAAAUCUAAUGGAUGUCCUCAGUGUGGGAAAGCCUUUAGUAGGAAAUCAAACCUCAUUCGACAUCAGAAAACUCACACAGGAGAGAAACCAUAUGAAUGUAAAGACUGUGGCAAGUUCUUCAGUUGUAAGUCAAAUCUCAUUGUUCACCAGAAGACUCACAAGGCAGAAACCGUGAGAAUUCAGUAAGUGACAUGACUUUUUUUGUAAAAAUAACAACAAAAAGACUAUUUAAAUCAUAGUAAGCCCUGUUCUUGAUGUUGCUUGCAAAUGUAGUAUUCAGUGGCUUAAGGUACU